CGGCGGCAGUGGCGGCCAUGGCGGGGCCGGGCCGGGCCGGCACCAAGGAACAGCGCUACGACCGCCAGCUCAGGCUGUGGGGUGACCAUGGCCAGGAAGCGUUGGAAUCUGCCCAUGUUUGUGUGAUAAACGCAACAGCAACAGGCACUGAAAUACUCAAAAACUUAGUGCUGCCAGGUAUUGGUUCCUUUACAAUUGUCGAUGGCAAUCGAGUCUCUGGAGAAGAUGUUGGAAAUAACUUCUUUCUACAAAAAAGCCAUAUUGGGCAGGUAAGGAGAUAACAAAUGGCACUUUAGAUGUGUUGAAAGCACAGAAGGGUUGAGUACUCCACUGUAGUAUCAUGAAUAAUUCUAAAAACGUAUAUGUACAGGUUAAAGUCUGUUUAUUCUGUGAGAGAGUUCCCCAGGCUUACUUUUUAGUUGCUCAGAAAUGAGAAGAUAAACUCAUCUGGGGCAAAAAAAUGAAGAG